GUCACCAUAUGUAAAAAAUGAAGGCACACAACAACAGCAACAAAUGCUGAGAUUCCUUAUAAUGAAGGACUCUUGUCUUUGUGACUGCAAUUCUAUUGGAGACUUGGUUCAUGUGAUAAUUUGGUGGUCUUUUUGGUUGGGCAGGAAAAACUUUUGCAGCUUAUUUUGGAACAACUUCCUGGAAGAUCAGAUAAGGACAAAUUAAUGAUGCUAUUGUCAAGCAAACAUCAUUUUUUUCAACUCUGAAUGGCAAAGCUUGUCACCUUGGUCAGAAAGGUUAAGUCAAAGUUAAAGCCUGGAAUUCCUGUGGAAAACAAAAUGGAGAGUUAGAUUAUUUCACUCUGAGCUUCUUUUUAUUAGACACUGUAUUGUUAAUUCUUGGUCAAGUCUAUAAUGUGUUGUUCUUUUAUUGUUUUAAUACAUUCUUUUAGCAUGCUGUAUAUGCACAUAUGGAUAUGAUAUGUUUAAGCUUACUGUGGAUACAUUUUCUUGUAUUUUAAUGGUUGUUGUUUGUUAUGGAUUUGUGUUAAAGUAAAAAAAUAGUUGUUUAUUUUAAAGAUUUAAAUAUGGUUUCAAGAAAGUAUUAACUUUGCUUGUUUUAGAAUGGUCCUUAGCAAGGACAUCUGUGAUGCCCUUCACUCCACUCAAUACUGCAUUGUUCAGAUAAGACCCUUCAAAUACUGCCUAAAUAAGGAAGAAACCAUGGGGAGGUUAAGCUUGCCACAAGACAAGAGUGGCAUAGACAAACAACAGGUUGAGCAGAACACAAGCUAUUUUAUCUUACAGAAGUUUACUGUUUUUCUAACAGAACAAAAAAUGAGGGCAUCUUUUCAGGAAUCUAGAGAUGAUGAAAAUGAGGAAGAAGAGGAGGUGGAGGAAGAAUAUGAUGGAAAGAUGUUUCUUAAGCCAGUUGUUGAAGAUAAAAACAUGGAACUUGCUAGACGGUGUACUGAAAUGAUAAGCAAUGUCCAUUAUAAAGAAGAAUAUGAAAAAUCUAAAGGCAAGUUCACAUUUGUACGUGACACCCCUCAGCUAACGCAUGUGAAAAAUCUCUCUGCUUUUAUGUCUGAGGCAAAAUACAAAGCAAGUGCAAAGAAAGAACUUUCCAACUCUCUCUAUCAGCAGAUGCCAGCUACUAUUGACAGUGUGUUUGCAAAAGAAGUAAUGCAGCUUCAGAGCAAGGUUCUCUACAAUAAGAAACACAUUGCUGAAAAGGGAACAUCUAAUUAUGCACAUAUGAAGGAGCCUCCAGAUGUUAAGCAUGCCAUGGAAGUUAGUAAACACCAAAGCAAUGUUUCAUAUAAAAAAGUCCAAGAUACUCAUAGAUAUACGAUGUCAAACAGACCUGAUGUAAUGAUGGCAACUCAGCUAACCAAGAUAAUAAGUAAUGCUGAAUAUACAAAAGGAAGAAAAGAAAUGAGUAAGGCGCCAAUAGUCCUUGGAAGACCAGACUUUAUCCAUGCUCAAGAAGUUUCCAAAUAUUUAAGCCAAGUUAAAUACAAAGAGCAGUAUAUUAAAGAUAUGAAAAAAUACUGCUUCAAUCCUCUUGAAAGUGCUUCUUUCAGGCAAGCACAACUUGCAUCAGCCUUGGCAAGCAAUGUGAAAUACAAAAAGGACUUAGAAAACAUGCAUGAGCCAACUUCUGCCUUUCCAAAUCUGUUACAUUUGGAGCAUGUUUUGAAUGCCACUAAGAUCCAUAGUAAUUAUGAAUAUAAAAAACUGUUUGAAAAAAGUAAGGGAUUGUACCAUUUUCGACCAGAUACAGCAGAACAGCAACACCAUAAAGAAAAUGCUGUGCUCCAAAGUCAGGUUAAAUACAAAGAGAAAUAUGAAAAAUCAAAAGGCAAGUCUAUGCUGGAAUUUGCAGAUACGCCAUCAUACCAAGUUUCAAAGGAGGUGCAAAGAUUUCAAAGUGGGAAAAUAUAUCGAAAAGAAUUUGAAGAUAAAGUCAAAGGGAAGGCGGCAUUGGAUUUAGACAAGACACCAGAAUUUUUGCAUGUAAAGCAGAUUACUAAACUGCUAAAAGAGAAAGAGUAUAGAAAAGAUUUGGAAGAAGGGAUGAAAGGAAAAGGAAUGACGGUGUUUGAAGAUACGCCAGAUUUGAUUAGAGUGAAAAAUGCAGCUCAGAUACUAAAUGAGAAAGAAUAUAGAAAAGAUCUGGAAAAUGAAAUAAAAGGCAAAGGAGUUAAGCUUAUUUCAGAAACUCCUGACAUGCAAAGAGCAAAAAGGGCAUCUGAAAUUGUUAGUGAGAAAGAAUAUAAAAAGGAUCUUGAGAAUGAAAUUAAAGGAAAAGGAAUGCAGGUGGGCACAGAUACACCUGAAAUUCAAAGAGCUAAAAGAGCUUCUGAAAUUGCAAGCCAGAAAGAAUACAAGAAACAUCUAGAAAUGGAAAUUAAAGGGAAAGGAAUGCAGGUGGGCAUGGAUACUCCUGAUAUACAACGAGCGAAGAAAGCUUAUGAAAUUGCAAGCCAGAAAGAAUAUAUGAAGCACCUGGAGACUGAAAUCAAAGGGAAAGGAAUGCAAGUGGGCACAGAUAUCCCAGAGAUACAGCGAGCAAAGAAAGCUUCUGAAAUAGCCAGCCAGAAAAGGUACAAAAAUGAAGCAGAAAAGAUGAUGAGUACCUAUUCUGCUGUGCCUGACACUCCUGAAAUCGAAAGGGUUAAAAAAACACAGAGAAAUAUCAGUUCUGUAUUCUACAAGAAGGGGAUAGGUGCUGCUGGCACAGCAUUAACAGAGACUCCUGAAAUGGAGCGAGUAAAGAAAAAUCAGCAAAAUAUUAGUGCAGUUUACUACAAAGGGCAGCUUGGUAAAGCUACUUCUGUGAGUGUUACUCCUGAAAUGGAGAGAGUCAAGAAGAAUCAAGAAAUUAUCAGCUCGGUCAAGUACAGCAGAGAUCAGAAAGAGAUGAAAGGUAGACCUAGUAUGAUUCUAGACACACCUGAGCUAAGGCAUGUCAAAGAGACGCAAAACAACAUUUCAAUGGUCAAGUACCAUGAAGAUUUUGAGAAGACAAAAGGCAGAGGUUUCACUCCAAUAGUGGAUGAUCCUGUGACUGAACGGGUGAGAAGAAAUACCCAGGUGGUUAGUGAUGCUGCCUAUAAAGGUGUUCAUCCACAUAUAGUGGAAAUGGACAGGAGACCUGGAAUAAUUGUGGACCUCAAAAUUUGGCGCACAGAUCCUGGCUCCAUCUUCGACAUUGACCCUUUGGAAGACAAUAUUCAGUCUAAGAGUCUACAUAUGCUUUCUGAAAAAGCAAGACGUUACAAUAAACAACAUUUAUAUUCUACCAGUACUUCUGGCGUUGGAGAUGACAAGUCAGAUGGUUCUAUAUUUUCUUAUUCCAGUGAGGUAACAAGGCCAUCUAAUGAAGGAGCACCUGUGCUUCCUGGGGCAUAUCAACAAAGCCAGCCCCAAGGAUAUGGUUACAUGCACCAGACUAGUGUGUCCUCAAUGAGAUCAAUUCAUUCACAGCCACAUUCAGCUAAUUUGAGAACAUACAGAGCUAUGUAUGACUAUAGUGCUCAAGAUGAAGAUGAAGUUUCCUUCAGAGAUGGUGACUACAUCAUCAAUGUACAACCAAUUGAUGAUGGUUGGAUGUAUGGUACUGUUCAGAGAACUGGGAAAACUGGAAUGCUUCCAGCAAAUUACAUUGAGUUUGUUAAUUAAUACUGACCAUUAGUCCUUCUCAGCUUUCUUUUGGUUUUAUCUAAUCUUUACAAGAGUACUUUUAAAACCACAUCUUCCUUACUUUCUUGUUAAUGUAACAAUUUGUGUUCACAUGCUGAAGUCAACAUAAAGUCCUCUAAGACACCCAAGAAGCACCAAGCUCCAAAAGUAUGCUGCUUAACAGGAUCUUUAGAAAUGAAUUCUUGAUAGAAACUGGAAACCUGGUGCUUGUAAUCAUGUAAAAAUUUCUGUCAAUUAGCUCCCAAACAGACUUCUGCCUUUACAGUAGGCUGUAUUUCUCAUUAAAGCUAUAAUAACAAAGCAGCAGAUAUUUUUUUUAAUGUGUGAUUAAAGACUAUAGCUUGCUGUUAAGGUUUGAGCCAUUAAAAACACACAUGAAUCAAAUUUAUAUAUAUUAUUUUUGUCGUAAUGAAUGACAUAAUCAAAAGUUGCUUACUACUGCCUGGCAGCCUUAAACAAAAUAUAUCUAGUACUUAAUGGUGAACAUUUUCUGAUAAACUAUUGUCCAGUCUACUGUAUUUUACCCCAAAGCUCUUGUUUGCUCUCAUCCAUAGUGCCAGCUCAUGUCAGUCUUCCUAAACCAACUGUUAUGAAUGAUCCACAAGUCAUGAGUUAGCUGUGGUUUUUUGCACAGCUAAGAGACAAUUUUAGAAUGCAUUUGUUAAUUCCUACCUUUUCUAUUUUGUUAAUUCCAACCUUUUUCUAUUUUCCCUUGUACUAAUGCUAUUUAUAUAGAAAUUAUUAUCUUCAAAGCACUUUACAAAUAACAUUUAUCUCUCGUCUCUUUCCUUCUGUCAAGAAUCUUGGGAAUCCUACAAUACAGUGUCAUGAAAGCAACCAACUAUAUGUUUUACAGUGUCAUGAGUUGGUGGUGGGGUUUACAAUAUGAAUGGGAGAUUGGAUUUUGGAACUGACUGGCAAGCAAAGUGGUAUUUUUCCACUAAGGGUUAGUUGAAGAAAAUUAAACUUUUAACAGAUUUCUAUUCUUGUAAAUAUAACUCAUUAAAUAGUUCACUAAUCAAAGCAUGAUAUCCAUCUGAGAAUUUUUGCUUCCACAGAAAGAUGAACAAUGCAAAAAAUAUUAUUUUGCACAAUUAAAAAAAAGCAUGCUAUCCAUUAGCUUAGUGCUAUUGUCUCAACAGCUUGGUUCUAAUUAGCUUUAAUGGAAUAUUAAAACACUUCUUAGAUGUUCUAGACCUUUUAGGACAGGUUGCAAUUGUGUGAUCCUCAGAAUACAUAUGACCCUUGAGUAGCUUCCUUGUGCCCUUUGGGCCUUCUGAAGGCCCCCCCCCCCAAAACAAUGUGGUUUUUUCUGCAUUUUUUUCUUGGCCAAAGAAGCCUUUGCUGGCACAGUUUUGCACUUAGACACUGUUUUAGGGUCUCCCAUCCCCAAACAGCAAAAAUAAAUUCUAGGCCAAACAUGACUUAAAACGACCACAAUGUUACUUCCAGUCAGAGAAAAUGAUGGCUAUUGACCACAGUGGCCCAUCUAGGGAUCAGAAGUGCCACAGCAUGUGCCCGCACCUAUUUUUGGACUCAAUGAGAAUUGAAGUAGCAUAGUUGAUAAAAGAUGAGAAGAACAAUCCUAAGAGAUGGGCUACUUUCUCAGGCUUUUCUGUCACUGAGGACUCUGUCAGCACCUUUUAAAGAAUUCAAAUCAGACAAAGAAAUGUAAACUCAAAUAAAGAUUUCCCGAUAGAUUGGUACACAUAUUUGCAUAUAAGGGCUAGAUCCGCUGUUGCUAAUGGAAUGAAUUACUGAAAUCAGGGGUUUAAUGGCCUGGGUCCAAUGUAGUGGGUCCAUUUUUGUACAUUUUAAUUUUUAUUGUCUGAAGAAAGUAUAUUCUAACUGCUUUUAGACAGUUGUAUUCUCAAAGAUCAGAGAGUGAUAUUUCAUGUUUAUUUUGGUUAUUAUUAAAGAUAGUAUGAUGUUUUAAACAUGUCUAAUCACUUGUAAGUGCAAAGGUUAAAUAUUACCUUUGCAAUGAAUUAUACAUUUCUAUUAUUCUGUUUUAUCUAACAGGGGAAAAUAAAUUUAUGUCCAGAAGA